AUGCUAAUACCAUGGACACCUCGAACCUACCAGAUCCAAGUCCAACCUUCACUCGAAACGCUCUCCGAGCUGCUUAAGACCAAUGCUGCGAAUGGUGAUAAAGCACCGAAUGUGUACCCGUUGUGUACUUCGAUACCUGCGGAUUUGAUUACGCCUUCUGGAGCUUAUUUGAAGAUUACGAACAAGACGAAGCCGGCGAAUUCGUUUCUGUUCGAAUCGGCGCCGAAUACCGGGUCUAUUGGAAGAUACAGUUUCUUAGGAAGCGAGCCUCGAAAGAUCAUUAAAACGGGUCCCGGCCAUGGUCCCGAGGUCGACCCGCUCAACAUCUUACAAGAUGAAUUGGACCAAUAUCGCAUAGCCAAGAUCCCAGGCAUGAAGCUACCCCCUCUUUCCGGCGGUGCAAUCGGUUACGUUGCAUACGAUUGCGUAAAAUACUUUGAACCAAAGACUGCCCGGCCGUUAAAGGAUAUCCUACAAGUCCCAGAAGCGCUAUUUAUGCUUUUCGACACCAUCGUCGCAUUCGAUCACUUCUUUCAAAAGGUGCAGGUUAUCACCCAUCUUCAUUUAACUACCCCCACCCCUUCGGAAUCAGAUCUAAAGACCCUCUACGACACGGCAUACGAAACGCUAUCAAUGGUCGUAAACACCAUUAUCGAACCCACAGUACCCUUACCAAUCCAACCACCCAUCAUCCCGAAUCAAACCUAUACCUCCAACAUCGGACAAUCCGGCUACGAAGCCCACGUCUACAAACUCAAAGAGCACAUCAUCAAAGGCGACAUCAUCCAAGCCGUCCCCUCCCAACGUUUCGCCCGUCCCACAACCCUCCACCCGUUCAACAUCUACCGCCAUUUACGAACCGUAAACCCUUCCCCCUAUCUAUUCUACGUCGAUUGCGCAGACUUCUCGCUAGUAGGAGCGUCACCAGAACUCCUCGUCAAAGCCACAAAUUCAAGAAUAGUAACCCAUCCGAUAGCCGGCACCCUUCCUCGCGGAGAAACCGAAGAAGAAGACGAAGCCAACGCUGCUAGGUUAUUAGCUUCCAUAAAGGACCGUGCCGAACACGUCAUGUUAGUAGAUCUGGCGCGUAACGAUGUAAACCGCGUUUGUGAUCCGUUAACGGUUAAAGUCGAUCACUUGAUGAACGUUGAGAAGUUCUCUCAUGUGAUGCAUUUGGUUUCUCAAGUUUCGGGGGAUUUGGCGGAUGAUAAGACGAGGUUUGAUGCUUUUAGGAGUAUAUUCCCGGCUGGGACGGUUAGCGGGGCGCCGAAGGUUAGGGCUAUGGAGUUGAUUGCAGAGUGUGAAGGGGAGAAGAGGGGGGUUUAUGGAGGGGCGGUGGGGUAUUGGGGGUAUGAUGAUCAUAUGGAUACUUGUAUUGCGUUGAGGACUAUGACGGUUAAAGAUGGGGUUGCUUAUUUACAAGCUGGUGGAGGAAUCGUUUAUGAUUCGGUACCAUUCGACGAAUGGGAGGAAACUAUGAAUAAGGCGAAGAGUAAUAUGAUUGCUAUCAAUGGAGCUGAGGAACGGUACAUGAAUGAGACAGAAGGGAGGCUAUAA